GAAACCAUUAGACUUGGACUGAAGCUCCGAGUUUUGAUGGCUUUCAUGGGUUCAUUUCCCCAUUUUUCUCCAUCUUCACAGACCUCCCUCCACUAUAAAAACCACAAUUUCAAACAACCCCUUUGCAACAUUUCUCAUUCUGAGCAUCUGUCCCCUCUGUUCGUUUUACUUCUCUUUCCUCUUUCUCUGAGAGAGAGAGAGAGAGAGAGAGAGAGAGAGAGAGAGAGAGAGAAAUCUUUUACCUUCUUCACUUCUCCUAUUUCUUGGGUUUUGCCUGAUUAAAACAUGGCCGACAUUUCCUUGGAAGAUGUUAGAAAUGAGAAUGUUGAUCUGGAGAGGAUUCCGAUUGAGGAGGUUUUUGAGCAGCUGAAAUGUACCAAAAAUGGUUUGUCAUCUGAGGAAGGGGAAAAGAGGCUCCAAAUCUUUGGCCCUAACAAACUUGAGGAGAAAAAAGAGAGCAAAUUCCUCAAGUUCUUGGGCUUCAUGUGGAAUCCCCUAUCAUGGGUCAUGGAGUCUGCUGCUAUCAUGGCUAUUGUCUUGGCCAAUGGAGGGGGAAAGCCUCCUGACUGGCAAGAUUUCGUCGGAAUAGUGGUGUUGCUCAUUAUCAACUCCACCAUUAGCUUCAUUGAAGAGAACAAUGCAGGUAAUGCAGCUGCUGCUCUAAUGGCAGGUCUUGCUCCCAAAACCAAGGUUUUGAGAGAUGGAAAAUGGAGUGAGGAAGAGGCAGCUAUUUUAGUACCAGGAGACUUGAUCAGCAUCAAGUUGGGGGAUAUUGUCCCUGCUGAUGCCAGACUCCUGGAAGGAGAUCCUCUUAAGAUUGACCAAUCUGCUCUCACCGGCGAAUCCUUGCCCGUUACCAAGCACCCGGGCGACGAGGUAUUCUCCGGCUCAACUUGUAAACAAGGAGAAAUUGAGGCUGUUGUCAUUGCCACCGGUGUCCACACCUUCUUCGGCAAGGCCGCUCAUCUUGUUGAUAGUACCAACCAAGUUGGCCAUUUCCAAAAGGUGCUGACAGCCAUUGGUAACUUCUGCAUCUGCUCCAUUGCCAUAGGAAUGCUUAUUGAGAUCAUAGUGAUGUACCCAAUCCAGAACAGGGCAUAUAGAGAGGGCAUUGACAACCUGCUGGUUCUUCUCAUUGGUGGCAUUCCCAUUGCCAUGCCCACGGUGUUGUCAGUCACCAUGGCGAUCGGUUCUCACCGCCUAGCGGAACAAGGUGCUAUAACAAAAAGAAUGACUGCCAUUGAAGAGAUGGCAGGAAUGGAUGUACUAUGCAGUGACAAAACUGGGACUCUCACCCUCAACAAGCUUACAGUGGACAAAAGUCUGAUUGAAGUAUUUUCAAAGGGUGCUGAUCCAGACACCUUGCUCCUGCUGGCUGCAAGAGCUUCCAGAGUUGAGAACCAGGAUGCUAUUGAUGCAUCGAUUGUCGGGAUGUUGGGUGAUUCUAAGGAGGCCAGAGCAGGGAUCACUGAGGUGCAUUUCCUGCCUUUCAAUCCUGUUGAGAAACGCACUGCCAUCACCUACAUUGACAGUAAUGGAAACUGGCAUAGAAGUAGCAAGGGUGCUCCUGAGCAGAUCAUUGACCUUUGUAACCUCAAAGGGGAGAUAAGGAAGAAGGCUCAUGAUAUAAUCGCCAAUUAUGCAGAUCGUGGUCUCCGUUCUCUAGCUGUUUCUCGCCAGACUGUUCUAGAGAAAACCAAAGAGAGUGCUGGAGAGCCAUGGGACUUUGUGGGCUUGUUGCCUCUCUUUGAUCCUCCAAGGCAUGAUAGUGCAGAGACUAUUCGUCGAGCUCUCGAACUUGGGGUGAAUGUUAAGAUGAUCACUGGUGAUCAAUUGGCCAUUGGGAAAGAGACCGGUCGCAGGCUCGGGAUGGGCACCAAUAUGUAUCCAUCAUCUUCCUUACUUGGUCAGAGCAAGGAUGAAUCCAUUGCCAGCCUUCCUGUAGAUGAACUUAUUGAGAAGGCUGACGGAUUUGCUGGUGUCUUCCCAGAACACAAAUAUGAAAUUGUUAAAAAGCUUCAAGAGAGGAAGCACAUUUGCGGGAUGACUGGUGAUGGUGUAAACGAUGCCCCUGCACUCAAGAAGGCCGACAUUGGAAUUGCUGUGGCUGAUGCAACUGAUGCAGCAAGGGGUGCAUCCGACAUUGUUUUAACAGAACCGGGUCUCAGUGUGAUCGUGAGUGCGGUCUUAACAAGCAGGGCCAUCUUUCAACGGAUGAAGAACUACACAAUCUAUGCAGUUUCCAUCACAAUCCGUAUCGUGUUGGGAUUCAUGCUUGUAGCUCUAAUCUGGAAGUUCGACUUCUCACCUUUCAUGGUCUUGAUUAUUGCCAUUUUGAAUGAUGGAACCAUCAUGACCAUCUCAAAGGAUAGAGUGAAGCCAUCUCCCAUGCCUGAUUCUUGGAAGCUAAACGAAAUUUUUGCCACUGGUGUUGUCCUCGGAACGUACAUGGCGAUCAUGACCGUGGUCUUCUUCUGGCUCGCACAUGAGACUGAUUUCUUCCCAGAAACAUUUGGGGUAAAGCCAAUCAGUGAUAAUUUGACUGAGCUUAACUCUGCUCUUUACCUCCAAGUGAGCAUCAUCAGUCAAGCCCUCAUCUUCGUGACAAGGUCAAGGAGCUGGUCCUUUGUCGAACGCCCCGGUCUUUUGCUAGUCGGAGCAUUCCUAAUAGCUCAGCUGUUGGCAACUGUAAUUGCCGUGUAUGCUGAAUGGGACUUUGCUAGAAUUCACGGCAUCGGUUGGGGAUGGGCAGGAGUGAUCUGGAUUUAUAGCAUCAUCACUUACUUCCCCCUUGAUGUCCUCAAGUUCAUCAUCCGCUACGGAUUGAGCGGGAAGGCAUGGGAUAAUAUGCUUCAAAACAAGACUGCAUUUACAACUAAGAAGGAUUAUGGAAAGGGAGAGAGGGAGGCACAGUGGGCAUUGGCCCAACGUUCGCUUCAUGGCUUACAGCAACCGGAAGCCCUAUUUAGCGACAGUAGUAGCUACCGAGAGCUGUCCGAGAUCGCAGAACAGGCAAAGAGAAGAGCUGAAGUUGCCAGGCUGAAAGAGCUGUUCACUCUGAAGGGUCAUGUUGAAUCAGUGAUGAAGCUGAAAGGCCUGGAUACUGAAACCAUACAGCAACACUAUACACUUUAAAUAGACUUUCUCAAUAGGAGCUGGAGAUAAAGAUGGAGACAAAUUUGGAGGAGAUAUAUAUAUAUAUAUAUAUAUAUAUAUAUAUAUCUCUCUCUCUCUUUCUCUCUCUCUAUUUUUAACGAUCAUAAAGAUGGAUGCAGAAGAAUGAGAUUUGUUGUAUCUUUUUUUUUUCUUAUUCUUUUUUAAAGAAAUUACACACGAUACCUACAAAAAAGAUAGAAAAAAGAAGAGAAUUUAUGUACCAUGGGUAUUGAUUCUUUUUAGAUGUUAGGGAAUUCAGACAUUCUUUUAUAAUAAUAAAUACCAUUUAUUAACUAUA